AUGUCCGAAGUGUGGGUCGAGCUACGGGCGCCCCGAUUUGUGGUGCAUGGACACAGCGCACAAGUCCGAUGCGAGCAUAACGUUGACCCAGGAACUAUAUACAAGGUUGUCUUCUUCAAGAACAGCCAUCGAAUUAUGCAGUACGUGCGAGGAAGAGAUCCGCCGUACGAGUUCUAUAAUUUCUCUGGAGCUGAUAUAAAUUUAAUAAAAGUGACACCGACAUCGCUUACACUAGACAGAAUGGAUUUUAACGCUGCUGGGACCUACGCCUGUGAAAUUGCGAUGGAAAUUCCUUUGUACUCGAAACUCUCAAAAAUACACGAAGUCAAUGUUAUAGUUCGCCAAAAACACCGUCCAAAAAUCAGGAUUAGACAACAGAAGUUAUCACCAAAUGGCGACUUGGAGGCCACCUGUCACAGUUCAGCUGCCUAUCCAGCACCGCAUCUGACAUGGCUGGUCAAUAAUGUUAAGGUGGAUGAAAGGUUAACAAUUCCUCACGGCACAGUCAAUGUCCAUCGAUAUCAUCAUGGAAUGCCACUCUCCCUUACCAACUCGUCUUUGCGUUUCCCCCUUUCAAGCCUACAACAUCCGAACCAGACUGUUGACAUCACCUGUCUGAGCACCAUACCUAGUUAUCCAACAGUGGGGGAAGGUUAUGCUGACGUACAGAAUCAGACUAUCACCGUAAACCUAGUUCGAUUGGAGCCAUCGCCCACUCAACUCCCUGUUAAAAUAUUAAGCAGCGAAGAGAAUAAAUCGGAACGACUUAAAAUAUACAACUAUUUUAUUUUUAUUAUGAUAUGCAUAAUAUACUAG